AUGGAGGACCAAUUUAAUCAUAUGAAUGAAUUUUUCCAGUUUUUAUAUUCAGAUAAGAAGAAGGUAAAGAAUGAUGAUAUAGAGAAUAUUAAGAAUUAUAUGCAAGAUGUUAUAUUAAAUGAGAAAGAAAAGGAGGAAGAAUUUUAUGAGUGUGUUAAUAUGUUAUUUUUUACAAAUAAUAGGAGAUAUAUAAAAAGUCAUAUAAGUAUGUGUUUAUAUUAUUUGAGUAUGUUAGUAUAUAAUAUAAAUAAGGAAGAUGGAAAUGAUGAUAUGAUAAAAACAAAGAUAUACACAUAUAUAUUAAAAAGAAUAGGAGAUGGAAAGAGUUUAAGUUAUUAUGAUAGAUGUAUAUUAUGUAAACGUUUUUUUAUAUUUUGUUCAAAUAAUAAUAAUAUUAUUGAAGAAUUAAAAGGAAAUAAAGAUUUUUAUUUAUUAUUUAGUAAUUGCUUAACCUUUUUAAAUAGUUUAUUUUAUACUGAUGAAAAAAUAAUAAAAUUAAAUAAAAAGUUCAAAAGAAUGAAAAAGGAUAUAAUAAAUAAGUUGGUUCAUAAUAUAUUAAGACAAAAUAUAUGUCAUUUGGAUGUAGAUAAAUCUAAUAAAAAACUAGUAAUAUUUAAUAAUAAUAAUAAUAAUAAUAAUAAUGAAAUUGUUAGUUAUAAUACAAAUAAUACAUCUAACGAAUGUAAUGAAAAUUUAAAAUAUUUUGUGUCCAUUUUUAUCAACGAAACAUAUCGUUCCUAUUUAAUUAUCGAAUGUAUAAGUUUAUUUUUAUAUACUUAUGGUCACUUGUUAAAUGAUGAGAAAUAUAAAAUGAUAUGUAUUGAAAAUUUUGAGAACUUAUUUUUUCAAAAUUUAUUAAAUACUAAUAAAAAUAUUCCCAUUAAAUUUAUAAAAUGUUUUAAAUAUAUUUUUGAGCAUACAAGAAAUGAAAACAUUUUUGAUUUAAUAUUAAAACAAUAUAAUAGAUAUGAUGAAAUAGCUUUAAUAAAUUCUUUGUCAUUUUAUUAUUACAACAAGGAUUUAUUUAAUAAAAUACAUUUUUAUAAAUUAUUAGAUAUUGUUAUAAAUAUAAAGAAAAAAGAAAAAGAAAAGAAUAUUGAUGAUAGUGUUAAUAAUAUGAUAUAUUUUAUUUGUUUAUACAAGCUUCAUCUACAUAAUGAACAUACAGGUGCAUUAAAGUAUUUAUUUGAAGAAAAUAAAAAAAUGAAUAUAAUAAAAUUUAAUGAGAAGAUAAUAUUUUUAAAAACAAUAAAAUUUUUAUUAUCAAAUGAAAAAAUUGAAGAUAUUAAAAUUAUUAUAUUAUCUUAUAAGGAUAUGAUAAUUAAUUUUUUAAAAAAUGAUUUAAAUGAAAAUAUAAAAUUAGAAGCUUUAAAUAUGAUACAAGAAUUAUGUUAUAUUUUAAGAAACGAUAAAGAUAUAUAUAAUACUUUUUCUAACAUAAUAUGUGAUAUAUUAGAUAAAUAUGGAAAGAAUAAUGAUAAAUUUUUAUAUUAUAUAUUAUUAUUUUAUAUACAUAAUGUUAAUAUAAUUGAAGUGAAUGAGAAAUUUUUGACUUUAAUAAAAAAUGUUUUUAAUUUAUGUGUAACCAAACAAAUAUUAAAACAUUUAUAUGGUAUGAAUAUGUUAUUAUUUUUAUUAUUAAAAGAUAGAAAUUCGAAUGAUAAAAAUUUAAAGAACAUAGAUACAUAUAUGAAUGAUGUUAUGGAUAAAAGUGUAUAUAAUAAUUCUGGUGAAGGUGGGGAGGUUUUUUAUAUGUAUAGUAUGAAGGAGAUAAGGAAAAUACCCUUGAAUAAAUUUUUUUAUUAUGUAUAUUCUUUUGUGUUAUUGUCAUUUUUUAAGAGUAAGGAAAUAACCAAAAUAUUGUCAGAUUAUAUAAAUAAUUUGAAUCAGAACAUUUUGUCCUUUUUAUGUUUUGAUAAAAUGGUAGAUAGGAAUUUGCAUGAUGAGCUUUUAUUAAAUGAGGGUUCAAAAAAUAUGAUAAAUAAAAAAAUGAGCGUACCAACGAAUACAUCGAAGAAUACAAAUACAAAAGAGAAAUCAAAACAAACAAACAAUAAUAAUAACAAUAAUAAUAAUAAUAAUGUGAAUAAUACGAAUAAUAUAUUUAGUGAUAAGAAUCAUCCUAUGAAUAAAUUGAAUAACAUUGUAUUUAUUCUUUUAUUAUCCUUGUUACAUUAUAUGGAAGAGAAAAAUAAAAAAUUUGAAUUAAAAAAGAAAAAGAGAAAAACUCUAGGCACGCAUUUUAUAAGUCUAAAAAUGAAUGAUGUGUUAAUAAAGCAAACAGAAGACGAUCAGAAUAAUAUUAAUAAUAUAUACCAAUUUAAUUAUAAUAAAGAAUAUGAAUAUUAUGUAGAAAAAUUUGAAGAAUUAUUACAUAAUUUAUUAUUAGAAAAGAAUAUAUAUCAAUUAUUAUUAUAUACCUUUUAUAAAUAUUUAUAUAUUAAUUGGAUAGAAGAAACGUAUAAUUAUAAAAAUCCUUAUGUUUUAAAAAGAUUUCUUUUAUACUUAUAUGAAUAUUUAUUAAAAAUCUCUAUGACAGAUUAUGAAAAACAAAAUUGCUAUACAUUAAUAUUGUUAUGUUUUUGUCAUCCCCUUUUAUUUUAUAAAAAUAUAAAUAAUUAUAAGAGUCAAAAGAAAUUUAAAAAUAAGUUAUUACGUAGGUUGAUAGUACCAAAUAUACAUUUGGAUAAUGUAAUACAGUUUUUAUUAAAUGGAAUAAAUUAUUAUUCAAAUGAUUUACAUAAAUCAUUAUGUUAUAAUCUUAUAGAUAUGUUGUAUUUAUGGAAUCAUGCAAGCGGAGAGAAUUAUAAUAAUGAUGAUGAUGAUAACUAUUUGGAUAAGAAAGAAAUUAUAUAUAGCUUCGAUGAGAGGAAAAAAAAAUUCCAAGAAAUGAUAAAUAAAUUUAUAGAUAUGUUGGAUGAUAAAGGAGUGCAAUCUAUUAAAGAUGAUGAUAUCGAAAUAUGUAAAGUUCCUUGGGAUGUAUUAUAUGUAGAUCGAAAUAUAUAUCAACCAACCGUUAUUGUAGAAAGUAAAAAUAUAAAAAGAGAUAAAUAUUUAGUGUCCACAUAUGGUGAAGAGACAGCGGAUUUAAUUAUGGAAGAAGAGUUAAAUAAAAAAAAACAGGCAAAUACAAAUAAGAGUGUAAAUAUAAAUACAAAUAAAAGUUUAGGUGUGAAUAAAAAUGUUGGGAAUAAUAACAAUUUAUUAAAUAAAUCAUUAAAAGAUAAUAAAAGUAAUAAGAACAGGGCAUUAACAAAAGAUGAAUUACAAAUUGAGGAAAUUAAAAAUCAAAAUGAAAUAAGAAAAAAUGUUUUUGAAAUAAUUGAGAAAAAUAAAUAUAUUUUAAAUUGUUUACAAAAGUUGAGUUCUAUAGACGAUAUUUAUGAUACUAAAUAUAUGAAUUUAUUUAUAAAAAAAAUUAUGAUAUUAUUAAAAAAUGAUUUAACUACACGAUGUACACAAGCAUAUGUAAAUAUUAUAAUAGAUAAUUUAAUAAGUACUAACAUGUUAAAAUGUAAAAAGAAUAUUACAAGAUGUUUAUAUAAAAUAAGUAAAUAUAAUAAAGCUGAUGAAUCAGCAUUAUUAAUAUUUAGUUCUUUUAAUAUGAAUGAAAGAAUAUCUUAUAUGUUAACUUUAUUUCUUUUCCCAAUUAUAUUUCAUAGUAUUAAUAUGAUAAAUGAUAAACAAAUAAUUUUGAAUAUUUUAAAAACAUUAGAUAUUUUAUUAACAACCAAAACAGAAAUUAAUGAUGUUGAUGCAUUAAAGUGUUUACAAAUUAGUUAUUCAAAAUUUGAUGAUUUAGAUGUUGAGCUAGAAUCAUUUUUGAAUAACUUUAAUUCAUAUUUAUUGAAUAAUAAAAAUAUUAUAACUUUACUAGAAUUUUGUAUUACAGAAAAUAAGGUUAGACGUAUGAUAAUUUUAAAGUCAUUAUAUAAUUAUGUGACACAUAACCUUGAUAUUGAUGAUACUCAUACUAAUUAUGGAAAUUCUGUGAGUAUUAAAGGACUGGAUGUUUUUAGAAAUGAUGAGCGUAUAUGUAUGUAUUUACAUAUAUAUAAAAAUGAUAAUGAAUCCGAUACACAAAAUUAUUGUAAUGUUAUGAUAUCUAAAUUAGGAUGGGAAAAUACACCUAUUGAACAAUAUAAAUUGAUUGACAUGUUACAAAAAGAAUGUUUAGAUUUACAGAAUAUGAUAUGUGAAACAUUGGUUGAAUCAACCGAUCGAAAUAAAAUUAAAGAUCUCUUUUUACAAUUAACUUCAAAAUAUAUUACAUUUAAAGAAUAUGGUAAAAUCGGUGUAUUAAAAACCAUAGAGAAUUUGGCGAAACAGUAUUAUAUUAUAUGUAUAGACGAUGUAGAGUUUAUUUUAAAUUUUUUGUUAGGUUUAUGUUUGGAAGAUAAAAAUGAUAUAAGCAAAAUUAAGGAGUAUGUUAUUAUGUGUGGUACAUGCUUAAUUAAUUCGUAUAAUGAAUAUUUAGUAAAAUAUAAGAAUAAAAAUAAGCAUAAUAAAGAACAUGUGAUAAGUACCAAAAAAAAUAAUAAAAAGAAGAAUAUGAAUGAACAUUAUUUUGAUAGUGAUGAUGAUUCUUGUUAUGAGGAUAGUUAUGAAUCUGAUGGAAUAUGUAAUAAUGGUCAAAAGAAUAAAAAUAAAAAUAAGAAGAAAGUAGAACAAAAACAAAUUAAUAAAGAAUUAGAAGAAUCAUUUAAACGUAUAUAUAAUGUAUUAAAUAAAUAUCAAGAUAAUAAAAAAAGUAAGAAUAAAAAUGUUCUUGAUUUGAUAAUUGUUAUAUUUUAUGGGUGUUUAGGUACCAAUUUAAAAAAAGAAUCUCUAGAAUUAUUAAAUAAAUUAAUUGAACAGAUGUUGCAUAAGGAUACAGAUAAUUUUACACAAAUAGAAAUUAGUAGUAUAAUUCCAAAAUUUAUAGAAAAUUUAAAAAAUGGAAAUGAUACAUGUAGUGAUGAAAUGAAUGGUGAUGAAACAAUAAAUGGUAAUGAAACAAUAAAUGGUAAUAUCAAAAAAAAUAAUACAUCACAAAUAAUGAUAAAACAAUUAAAUAAAUUAAAAGGUAAUAAAAAUAAUAUAGAAAAGACAAAUGGAAAUAUCAACAUGAUGUCCUUAACAAAUAGUAAUAAAAAAAUGAAUGAAAAAGGAACGAGUAAAGGGGGAUUAACGAAUAGAAAUAAUAAUAAGAAUAAACAAAAUAUAGAUAAUUGUCUUAUUUAUUUAGAUGAAUAUGAUGUAGAUAUAUUUCUAGAGAAAAUAUUUAAUUUGAUAUUUAGUACAAAUAAAGAAUUAAGAAUAAGAAAAGGUUGUUGUUUAUUAUUAGGAAGUGUAAUAAAAGCUCAUGGUAUGGAUUUUUUUAGAAGAUAUAAUAUAUUAGAAAAAAUUAAUGAUAAUAUUCAUUCAGAAGAUAUUAAUAAAAGACAAAGUUUUUAUUUGUCCUAUGGUUGCUUAUUUAAAGUCCUAAAAUAUAGAUUUGAACCUUAUAUUAUGAAAAAUUUUAAUUUAUUAUUAGAAUGUUAUAAUGAUAGUGUAAAUAAUAUAAAAGUUUUAGGAAUUAAUGUUAUUGAAGAUAUAUUAAAUGACAUUGGUCCGUAUGGUAUGAAGAAAAUGUUACCAAUGAUUAUAUUAAAUUUGAAAACAUCUAGUAUAAAGAGUAAAAAUAUAAUAUCUUAUUUAGAUACAUUAUAUUUGAUUAUAUGUAAAUAUGAUAUAUUAAAGUUUGUUGAUAAUAUGACUUUAGUAAAUUUAGUCAAUUUAUUAUGUGAUUUAGUAUCAGAAACAAAUAUUAAGGUUAAAGAAAUAUGUAUUAAAAUAUUUAAUAAAUUAGAAAAAUAUAUAACAAAUGAAGAAUUAAAAAAUAUUAGUAGACAAAUAUUAUUAUGUAUAUAUUCACCUAAUGAUAAUCAUUUAAAUGAUUUUUUAGAUAUAUUUUUAUCUAUACAUUUUAAAUAUAAAAUUGAUAACAUUGGUUUAUGUUUAUUAUUCCCUAUAUUUAAAAAAGGAAUAAAUAAUAUUAGAUUAGAAAUAAAAAAAAAAUCUUUACAAAUAUUUUAUUUCUUAAUAUAUUUAGUACAUGAUCAUUCCUUAUUUAUUAUAUAUUUUAAUAGUCUGUUUUCUAUUCUGAUAUUAUUAUUAAAUGAUGCCAUACCAGAAAUUAGAUACCUGACGGCAAGGUCCAUUGGGAAUAUUAGUCAAUUUUUAGAUAUGAAUCAAAAAUUAUUUUAUAUCCAACACAUUUUCCAUAUAUUAAUAAGUACUUCCUCUUCUGUUGAAAAGAGUGGAGUGGCUUUAUGCUUGUCUUCUAUAUUAUCCAAGUCUCCUGAACAAGUGGCUGAUAAUUUUAUAUCCAAAAUAAUACACAUGAUAGAUGUAAAGAAAUAUAUGCAGAUGAAAUUGAAACGGGGAAAUGUGUGUGUUGGUAAGGAUAAAGUUGAUGUUAAUAGGAAGAAGGAGGUGGGUGUAAAGAAAAGUAAGUUGAAAAGGAUGAAAUAUAACAAGGGGUAUACAAGAAAUGGUGGUGUUGACAAGGAAGAGUAUUAUAAUGAUGAUGAUAAUGAGAAAGAAGAUUAUGAUGAUGAUGAUGAUGAUAUUGAGAAGGAAGAUUAUGAUGAUAAUGAAGAUGGUGUUGAGAGAGAAGAUUAUUAUGAUGAUAAUGAUAGUGUGGAAAAGGAGGAUUAUUAUUAUGAUGAUGGUGAUGAUUAUGAGGAGGAUGAGGAUGAGGAUGAGGAAGAGGAUGAUCAUGAAAAUAAUUAUAAUGAUGAUACAUUUGAAAUAGAAGAUCAAGAUGAUUACGAUUUUGAAGGGGAUGAUGAUGAAUAUGAUAAUGAAUAUAACCCUCGGGGAAAUAGAAAAUGUCGAAAUAGAGAAUAUAGAUCAAAUGGAGUAAAUGAUGAUAGUGAUGAUCAAGGAGUAGAAUAUGAUGAAGAGGAGGAAGAGGAAGAUGAGAAUUAUAAUGAAGAAGAGGAUGAUGAUGAAGAAGAAGAUUUGUUUGAAAUGUAUUCUGAUGAAGAAAGUGAUAGUGAUUAUUAUGAGAUUAUAAAUAAUAAAGAUAAUGAUAAAAGAUUAUAUUAUUUGAAUGGUCAUUAUUUAAUGGAUAAGAAUGAAAAGAAUGAAUAUAUUAUAAAGGUUGAUGAGAAUUUAUGUAAUUGGAAAUUAAUAUAUGAUAAGAACAUGAUAAGUAGUGCAAGUAGUAAAGAAGGUUUAAUUGGAUUUUUUAUUUAUAUGCCCGAAUGUGAAGAAAGAUAUACAGAAAAGUUUUUAAAAAGAAUACUUCAGAAAUUAAUAUUAUGUUUAAAUGAUACCAAUGAAAAUGUAAGAGAUAUAACACUAAGAGCAUGUAAAAUAUUAAUAAGUAUUUAUUCAAAAAAUAAUACUUCUUUAAUAUUAAAAUAUAUUGAGAAUAAAAUUUAUAAUAAUUAUUGGAGAAUUAGAAAAGAUUGUGUUAUUUUAUUAAAUGUUUUAAUAGAAAAGAAUUUACAAAUUAAUAAAGAAGAACGUGAUUUUGAAUUAUUAAAUACAUUACAUGAAAGAUUUUAUUUUAUGUUAUCUAUAAUAUGUAUAAUGAAGAAUGAUAAAAAUAUUAAUGUAAGACAAACAGCAUAUACUAUAUAUAAAAAUUUUGUGAAUAAAAAAUUAUUACAAGAUAUGUGUUCCAUUUUAUUAAAAAAAAUAACACAAAAUUUAUCUUCAAAAAAUAAUUUUAAACAAUUAAUUAGUGCAUUAUCCUUAGGUGAUUUAGUAUAUAAAACAGAUGCACGCCAAUUAGAAUCUAUUUUAGAACACAUGGUAAAUGAAUUUAAAACAACAAAAUUUAUAUCAAUUAAAAAAGGAAUAUCUUUAGGAUUUUAUGAAAUAUUUUCAAAAAAUAAAUAUGAUAAUUUAAUUAUAAAUCAUAUACAUAAUAUUAUACAUAUGAUAAAAGAAUUAGCAUGUCAUCAAAAUACAUCUGAUAAAAUUAAAUUAUUAUCAUCAUUAUUAAAAAAUAUUGAUUCUUCAGUAUUGAAAAAUAUUAUAAAUGAAAUAUUUGAUAAUGUACUUGAAACACCAACGACAAGUAUGAAAUUUUUUACUUCGAAACAUCAUAUUCAUUUUAAAAGUAUUAAAAUAUUCUUACAUGUACAUACUGAACUAGUUUUAGAUUUUAUAAUACAUCAUGUUUUUAAACCUCCUUAUGAUGCAUGCAAACUAAAAUUGUUAUCCUAUAUUUCUUAUGCUAAAACGCCUGUAAGUAAAAGUAUAUUUCCAAAAAUUAUUAAAAUAUUUAUUAAUUUAAUUUUACACAAUCUAAACAGAUUGAAAGAAACACAUGAAAUUGAUAUUAAAAAUUAUGCUUUCAUUCUCUCGUCCUUUAAGGAAGAAAAUAAAGAACAAUGUAAAGAUGGACAUGUAAAAGAAAGUAUAAAGCAAAAUAUAAAGCAAAACACAAAUGAUUGUACAUAUAGCAAUGAUAAUAUUAAUGAUUAUAAAAUAAAUAAUUCUUUAAUAUUUAAUGAGAAUGAAAAAUGUCAAAACAAUAAAAGUACAACAAAAAAUUCACUUUAUAAUAAUAUCGAGCAUUCUAAUGUAACACAAAAUAGGAGUGAACCAUUCCAUGAAAUAGAUAUGGAUAUGAAAGAUAUAACAAAAUGUUUAAAAGAUUUUCUAAGAAAUAUAAAUGAAAGAAAUAUAGAUGUAUUUAUUGAGGCCUUAUUAUCAGAACUGAAAUUAUAUUCUAGUAAAAGUGAUUUAUCAUAUAAUAGUUUAUGCAGAACAUAUGAAUCCUUAAAAUUAGAAGAUGAUAAAAAAAAAGCACAAGAAUCUGCAGAUAUAUUAAAAAGAUAUUUUAUUAUUCAUGAUAAAAAUAACUUAAAUGAAUUAUCCUAUUUGGAAUAUAAAGAAGAGAAUGGAAAAAUACGAGAGAUCAUUUUAUCUAUUUUUAAAUAUUUAUUAGAUAUAAUAAAUAAUGAAGAUAUAUCUGUAUUAGUAUCAAAUGAAAAUUUGACACCUACACAAGAUAAUAUUAAUAAUAUGGAUAAUAUAAAUAAUAUGAAUAAACAAAAAAAUAUAAUAAAAAAUAUAAAUAAAAAAAAGAAUAUAUUAUGUGUAUAUAAAAAAAUGUAUUUAUUAAAUAUACAAAGAAUUGAAAUGUAUAUAAAUGCUCUAUCAAAUUAUACUUUUGUAGAUAUUAAUAAAAAUGUCCUUGAAAUAUCAUCUAUAAUAUAUAUAUAUCUAAUAGAAUUAAUUAAAAAACUAGAAGAUAAUUAUAGUUAUGCUAUUAUAUUCCAUGAUAUUAUAAAUAAAUAUUGUAGUGAUAAUAAUCUUAAUGAGAUAACACAUGAUAAAUAUGAAAUUGUAGGAUUGAAUUUAUGUAAACCAUUAUUUUCAUCUUUAAUGAAUAUGUUCACCAAUGUAAUAUUAUUAUCAAAUAAUACAGAUGUUAAAAUCAAAGCAAUAGAUAUUAUAAGAAAAUUAUUUAUAUAUACAAAUAUUAAUAUUUCUAGACCAUUUAUGUUAAAGAUAUCAGGUAUUCUCAUACGUAUCCUAACUAAUAAAUUUAUUGAACAAGCCAAAUUUUAUAUAUUUUCAACUUUUGAAGUAAUAAUUAAAAAAGCAAGUGAUUAUGUAAAACCACUGAUACCACAAUUACAAACAUGUAUUAUAAAAUCAUUAAAUAAUGAAAAUUUAAAAAAUCAAAUUAUUCAUAUUUUAAAUAUUAUAUCUGAGAAAAAAUUAUCUAGAGUUGAUUUACUAAUAAAUGAUUUAUUAAAUAAUAUUAAUGUACAAAUAAAUUUACAAAUAUCUAUCACUAUAUUAAUGAUAUUAUCAAACAUAUUAAAUAAUGGGGAUAUCAAUAUAAAAAAUAUUUUAAUUAAAAUUAUAAAUUGUGUUAAACCAUUAUUUAAUCACACAAACAAAGAUAUAUCCUUUCAUUCUACAAAAAUAUAUAUACUAUUAAUAUUUUUACAUAUACCAAAAAAAAAAGAAUAUCUUGAACCGAUUUUAUCCUUCAAAAAUAUUUUAGAUACCACUUCAUAUUACUUUCUAUUGCAUAUUAGUGAGAUUAAUAACGUUUAUGAUAUUUUAAAGAAAGAAAAUUUUAUAGAUACGUUUAAGGAGAUAUAUUUGCAUAUGAUAAAAGAGGAAGUGAAUAGUUUACAAAAUAUAUGUUAUCAAAUUUUUUAUAAUUUAACAAAAUAUAAUUAUGAUAAUAAUGAUUGUUUAUUAUUUUUAUAUAGUAUCAUUAAUCUCUUGAAAUUACCUACAUUUAUAAUGAUAUCUAUUGAAAUACACAGAUAUUAUUUUAAAGCCGUAAAAAAUAUUUUUAAGAAAAGGAAUGAUAUUUACAAAGAAAAUGUUAAGAAUUUUAUGAGUAUAAUGGAUAAUAUAUUGUUAGCAUUGUUUAAUAAUAUACCCGCCUUUAAAUUACUGGGAGAAAGCUGUACAAAGUGUGUUUUAGAAAUGAAUGAUGAAAAUCAGUACAAGAAUAAAUUGGAGUUUUUAAAAGAAAACAUGGAAAGUAAAAAGUUUAAUCAAUUACUAGAAUAUAUAAAUCGUGUUUUGAUUAAGAAGAGUAAUGUUAUAUCGGAUUCUGAUUAA